GGGUGGGGCUUUGGCGUCUGAAGCUCCCUACGGAACUCUGCUUGCUCCCCUAAGAAGCUUAAUAUACACAGAGUCACAUACGACAGGAGUUUGGGUGGAAUGGAAAACAGCGCUUCCGCCUGUCCCCUCUGCUCCGGCCCCGACGAAGACGCUGGACCACCGCCAGCAGAUCCCUAGCAAUUGGAACAAAGGCCGGUUAUAAGCUGUUUUCCUUGAGUUCUGUGGAGCAACUGGACCAAGUCCAUGGAAGCAAUGAAAUCCCGGACGUCUACAUCGUCGAGCGCCUCUUCUCCAGCAGCCUGGUGGUGGUGGUCAGUCACGUUAAACCGAGGCAGAUGAAUGUGUAUCACUUCAAGAAAGGCACAGAGAUCUGUAAUUACAGCUACUCCAGCAACAUCCUCUCCAUAAGGCUGAACCGGCAAAGGCUGCUGGUGUGCCUGGAGGGCUCCAUUUACAUUCACAACAUUAAGGACAUGAAGCUGUUGAAGACCAUCCUGGAUAUCCCUGCAAACCCCACAGGUCUGUGUGCCCUCUCUAUCAACCAUUCCAAUUCUUACUUGGCCUAUCCUGGUAGCCUGACUACAGGGGAGAUUGUGCUUUACGAUGGAAACUCCCUGAGAACAGUCUGCACUAUCGCUGCCCACGAGGGGAUGCUGGCUGCCAUUGCCUUCAACUCCUCGGGCUCCAAACUAGCGAGCGCGUCGGAAAAGGGCACAGUCAUCCGGGUGUUCUCGGUACCUGACGGGCAAAAGCUCUAUGAGUUCCGGAGAGGGAUGAAAAGGUACGUGACCAUCAGCUCCCUGGUGUUCAGUAUGGACUCGCAGUUCCUCUGUGCCUCCAGCAACACCGAGACUGUGCACAUCUUCAAGCUGGAGCACCUCUCCGACAGCCGCCCAGAAGAGCCCUCGACCUGGAGCAGCUACAUGGGAAAGGUGUUCAUGGCUGCCACCAACUACCUCCCUGCCCAAGUGUCAGACAUGAUGAAUCAGGACAGGGCCUUUGCCACCGGGCGUCUCAGUUUCUCCGGGCAGAGGAAUAUCUGCACGCUGUCAACGAUCCAGAAAUUGCCAAGGCUGUUGGUUGCAUCAUCCAGUGGACACCUUUACAUCUACAACUUGGACCCUCAGGAUGGUGGAGAGUGCGUCUUAAUCAAGACCCACAGCUUGCUUGGCUCAGAAACAACAGAAGAGAAUAAAGAAAAUGACCUCAGACCUUCAUUACCUCAGUCUUACGCAGCAACUGUAGCCAGACCCAGCACAUCUUCAGCCUCCACGGUGCCAGGUUAUUCUGAGGACGGCGGGGCGCUCCGAGGAGAGGUUAUUCCUGAACACGAGUUUGCCACGGGACCAGUGUGUCUUGAUGAUGAGAAUGAAUUCCCCCCUAUAAUCUUGUGCCGUGGAAGUCAGAAGGGCAAAACGAAGCAAUCAUGAUGAGCAGCACACUUCAGAAAUCAGGACAUCCCCUGUCAGGUGGUUCUGGAGAAAACGAGGUGGAAGAAUGGCGUGCGCUUGUGUGAACAGAAAGGGGGGCAGGCAUGGCGGGUGCACCGUGGCCUAACCACAGGACCUGGUGAACUGUCACCAAACACUCCUCAGCCCUGUUGCCAGCAGGCACAGCAGACAUGUGUACACUCAUGCUGUUUAAAAUACGUUAAAACCAUAGUGUGAAUGCUAACUAACCGUAUUGGUAUAUAACCAGAAUUUUCUAUUAAAAAGGGCAUCCUUUUUAAAUGUAUGCUAUGUAAAAAUGUACUUGUAAGAAAAUCUCUUUUAAUUAUGUUUCUUGUACAUUACAUACAUAUAUAAAGAGAGAAAGUAUUUUAGCCAGGCAAAGUAUUUUUGCAGUGAUUGGAAUAAAUCAUGUAUUACCUUUGCGUCCCUUUCAGGACACUAAUAAUAAAAUCAUGGCAAUGCA